CGAAACAACUCUUGGAUUAACCGCGAAAAGUUUUUGCAUUUUGGAAUACUUCAACACAGCCCCGAGUCCCCCCUCUAUAUUUUGAAUAUACUGAAGCACCAGAUGCCUAAGAAAACGGGAUAUACAUUUUAUAAAAGUUGACAUGUUCAGAGCCGACGGGGAACGCUUCACUCUACAUAUCGUUAAACACUAGCCAAAAGUGAGGGAGUUGCCACAGACCAGACCCCUCCUCUCCAGUAAACAAGACGCUGACCAAGGCUGCAGCAUGGACCUGCCUUCGAUGGUGCAGCGCUCCGGUGACACUCUGAUUGUGCGCAGCGUCGUCAGCGGCAAUCAGCUGUACGCCGAGCAGGGCGGCCACAAUCCAAGCGGAAGCCAAAACAGUGCCACAGCAGGCUCCUCCUCUCUGCUGGAGCGGCACGUGGAGAGAUAUCGCCUGCAACACUUACUCCAGCAGCAACAGCAGGCGGCAGCUGCCGCAGCGGCAGUCGUGAACAGCGUGCAACAGCAGCAGCAGCAGCAACAACAACAGCAGCAGCUUCAACAGCAGCAGCAACAGGCAGUCAUAUCCAUGGAUGCCAAGGAGGAGGGACUGCCACAGUGCAAGAUCAAGCGGAAUUACAGCUGCAACCACUGCGCCUACUUCACGCAGAACCCGCGCUACCAUCUCACGCAUCUGAGGGACGUGCACGGCGAGAAGAUCGUGAUCAACAAGUGCAAGCUGUGCCUGUACGCCUCGCGACACUUCCAGAAGCUGGUGCGGCACAUGAAGAUGGUGCACGGCUGCACCGACGGCAUACCCAGUGGCCACGGCCAGGCGCGGGGCAAGCGCGGCAUGAGCCGGGAGGCGCGCAAGCGUCGCCUGGAGGAGAGCGUGGGCGUGAUGGCGGGCAGCCAUGUGGUGGGACAGGGCCUGACGGUGACCGUGCCGGAUGUGCCCACCUUGGAGCAGGUGAAGCGAGAGCUGCAGCUGCAGGAGGAGAAGCUGCAGCGCGACAUCGAGGCCUUCAACCAGCGGCAGCGCGUAGAGCAGCAGCGCGAGCAGCAGAUGGAGCUGGCCAACAGCUACGAGCGCCAGAUCCAGAUGCAGGUGCUCCGGGAGUUUGAGCGCCAGUCGCCGCCAGAGCCGCCGACCCCCUCGCCGAGCGGAUCGGCCACCCCGCCCUCCAACUGCGAGGAGCCACAGAAUCGCCUGCUCAAGUGCAGCGCCUGCGAGUUCACGACCCUGUACCGCACCCAGCUGCGGGCCCACGAGCUGGAAGAGCACGGGAAGACCAAGUUCUUCCGCUGCGACAAGUGCAGCUAUGUGACGCACAUCAAGGCGCGCUUCAGCAAGCACGUCAAGUACCACUCGAUGCCGAUGAUCAAGUGCGUGACCUGCGACUUCCGCACCCCCUACAAGUGGAACCUCGACCGCCACAUGAAGAACCAUGGCGGAGCGGGCGCCUUCAAGUGCGCCGCCUGCGACUUCACCGCGGACAUCAAGCAGUCACUGACGGUGCACGAGAUGAACCACCAUGUGCCCCCCGUGGGCAAUGCCGGUUCCAUUUGGCCCAGGCGCCAGAACAAGGUCGGCGCCAGCGAGAUGUGCGAUGAUUUCCUCAGCGACUCGGCGGAGCUCGAGGAUCAGUACAACAACAACAAUGUGGAUGAUGAUCUGGAUGCUGGCAUGGAGGAUCCCGACGAGGUGCUGAGCGGCGAGGAGCUGCAUCAUUAUGGCAAGCGCGGCAAGUACGACGACGAGGAGGAGCCCACGGACCUGUCGCAGAAGGGCGGCUGCUCGUCGGACACCUCCAGUGUGGGCACCACGACGCCCAAUAGGUCCCAGAGACCCGUGCCAAAUCUCAUACCCAUCACCAAGAGUCCCAAAGACGUCUUGAAUCUUUCCAAGGACACGAAUGCAUCGCGCAGUGCCCUCACGGAGAUCGCCUCCAUGUUCUUCAACGAGAAGCAAAUCUCGGAGAUGCUGGACAAAUCCGAUGUGCCCCAAUUGUCGCCAGCGACGACCGUCACCUCGCAGGCCUCGUCCCGCAGUCAGCUGACCAAAAAGUCCGGCUCCAGCUUCCUGGACAAACUGAAGACCGGCGCCCAGCACGAGAAUCUCAUCUGCCAGUGCGGCCACGUGGCCAAGUGCCUGUCCGAGUCGAUCAUCCACGGCAAGAGCUGCCAUGCCUCGGCCGUGAUCAUUGCAGACGACGACGAUGCGGCCCUGCACGAGGACGAUGCCGAUGAUCGCCUGGAGAUCGACGAGGACGAUGAGGAUCAUCACUCGCACUCGGCCUUGAAUCUGAGCGUGACGGGAUCGACACGUUGCCAACACUGCCGGCACCGCUGCAAGUCCUCCAACGAUCUGCUGCACCACCUGACGCAGUGCGUCGAGGCCAUCCGCUGCGCCAACGAGAUGUACGACUCCAACUCCGGCGAGAGCGGCGAGCAGCGUCGCUCCGAGUCGCACCACUCCCUCCAGCAGCAGGCGGCCGUCCAGCAGCAGCGCGUCUGCAUUUGGAACAAGGCGGCCAAGGAAAUAGCCGCAGCCACAGCGGCUGUCCAUCAGGAUAACAGCAACAAGAAUCUGGUCAAGUCACCGGCCAACAGUCAGGGGACCAACAACGAGGAGAACAGCUACUACGGCGUGGAGACGGCGCCCGGCUACGGCGAGGUAACCAAAAAGAUGACACCCGAAGAAGAGGCCGCCAACUCGUCCCUGAAGAAGGUCUACAAGUGUCCGCACUGCAGCUUCUGGGCCUCGACAGCCUCCCGCUUCCACGUGCACAUUGUGGGGCACCUCAACAAGAAGCCCUUUGAGUGCUCCCUCUGCUCGUACCGCUCCAACUGGCGCUGGGACAUCACCAAGCACAUCCGCCUGAAGACCAUCCGGGAUCCCUCGCACAAGACCGCCAAAGUGCUGAUGAACGACGAGACCGGACGGCGGAACUACACCAAGUACAACAAGUACAUUACCCUGAUGAAGGUCACCGAGGAGGAUGGCGAUCCCAAGCUGAUGAAAUCCGGCGAGAUGACACCCAACCAGGUGGCCUCGCUGGCCUUCCUCAAGGACUACGCGAAGGUGGGCAGCGGCUCCGGCCAGGACAUAACCCUGGAGCCGGUGAUGUCCAGCAAACCGAAUGCCCUGGACGAUGCCCAUCUGGCGGGCAACCUCAUACGCAUACCCCUGCUGGCGACCAUUAUGAACGCGGCCAUGUCCCAGCAGCAGCACCAACAACAGCAGCAGCACCACCACCAGAAGGAGCAGCAGCACAUCACGCCCUCGGUGACCAUUUCGCCGGUGAAGCGGACGAACCAGGCGCCGCCCAGCAAGCCCAGCGAUGAUCUCAUCACUGAGGUGCACCAGGAGGGCAACGAGAAGCGCACCGUCUACAGGUGCCGCAAGUGCAACUUUGGCCAUCACAAUCGCGACGCAGUGCUGGCCCACGUGAAGGUCCAUUACCAGGAUGCUAGCUACCCGAAGUCCGCCGCCGGCGCCACUUCCGGCACCUCGCCGCUGCAGGUGUCCGUCAGCCCGAAUCAGCAGUACUACAUGAACAAAGUAUUCGCUGCCAUGUGUCUGGGACAGUCAUCGCCGACGUCCAAUGCGACGAACACCGGCGCUGGGGGCAGCUCCAGCAGCCAACAACAUUCCCUCAUAUCCGCAGGACUGCUGCAGCGGGCCAUCCAGGAGGCCCAGCACUCACCGACACCGAACGCCAGCGCUCUGAGUGGCCUAGCCUUGGCCCUGGCUAGCGGAAAGUCCGCUGCCAAUACGACGAAAGCCAGUGCCGCUUCCAUUUUAGAGCACGGUGAGCAGAAAGCGAGUCAAAACGAGGCAAGUGCCGACAGUCUGACGUCGCCUACCACCACCACCACCACCACCAACAACAACAACAACAAUAACUACAUCACCACAAAAGAGCAAUCAGCCGGCAUGGCGGGUGGCGGUGGUGGCAGAUCCUUGCAGGAUCUGCUCACGUCACCGCGAACCAGAAAUGCUAGUGGUGGUCAUCAUGGUGCUGGAACAGCCACUGGAGGGCUGCAAACAUCUAAUCAUCAAUCUAAUGCUAACAGUAACAGUAACUCCUCCUCGGUUGUGGUAAUGGGUGCUACCGGUACCGGUACGGGCCACAGGCUGGACGCCGCCUCCUCCUGCAACAACAACAACAACAACAACAUCUACGUCGCAUCAUCCACCACACCCACAGCCACUGGCACAGCCACAGCCAACAACCACAAGAAUGCAUCGCCUACUAUGCCAGUAACUACCACUCCUACUCCUAUUUCUACUUCAACAACUCCCUCUUCUACUUUUCCCACUGGUGCAAAGUCUCAUCUGGCUCAUCAUCUGGGUUCGGGUAACACUCAUCCUCCACAUAACCAACAACAUCCACACCACCACAUCGCCGGUGAUGGCUACCAUCUCCACAUGGCCCCCCAUCUGCACACAAAUCCCAAGUCCUUCCCAACAUCCGUCUCCGCCUCCGCCUCCGUUUCCGCCUCUUCGUCGUCGUCGUCGUCGUCGUCAUCGUCCUCGUUGUCGUCGGCGGCAUCGUCGUCGUCGUCGUCCCUAUCAUCAGCAUCACAGGCUGCAUCGCCACACGCGUCGCCGCCAUCGUCGUCGUCGUCAUCGCCGUAUCUGGCAUCGUCGAUGCCACAGGCACAGGCGGCGGCCAGUGCCGCCCUGCAACCGCACUCACAGUCGCAGUCGCGCUUCCAAAGCCAUAGUCCAGGUAGUCCCAGUCUCCUGACGAUGGCCGAUGGCGAUCGCCGCGAUCCGUCGCCAUAUCGCUGUGGCCACUGCCACCAGGUGUCGAAUUGGAAGCAUGUGAUCCAGCGGCACUGUCGCUUAAAGCAUUCCGGGGAUAUUCGGAUCGAGACCCUUGAGCGUGGCGGCAGUGCACCGGCCAGCUAUCGGCCCUUGGGCGCCGGUGCCAGCAAUGAAUCCCAGUCCCACAUCAACAGCACCACCAACAGCACUACGACAUCCAGCCUCAACAUCCUCAACAGUAAACUCGGCAACGGCCACGGCAACGGCAACAGCAACAGCUCCAGUGCCCAACAGCUGCUGAUGAGCUCCAAGCAAUUGGAGCAGCUGCUGCACUCGCCCCUCUCUGCAGGCGCCGCGGCGGUGGUGAAUGCGGCCAACACCCAGCAGGAUCUCCAGGCAGUGGCCGCCUACUGGGCAGCCGCCUGCAAGGCAGCCGUGGCCAACGGGGAGGAGCUGCUCCAGCUGCAGCAGAACGAUCAGAUCGAGAUCACGCGGCUGCCAUCUGCAGGCGCCGGCUCCGCCAACCAGGAGCAGCAGCACCAGAGCAGCCAGAGCAACACCAAGAGCAAGCAGCAAAAGUGUCCCGUCUGUCCGUACAUCUCGGAGAGCAAGUCCCAGAUGAACUAUCACGUGUCCCUGCACAAACCCACGCAGUACGAGUGCCGGCUGUGCACCUUUGUGUGCGCCAAGAAGCAGCAUCUGAGCAGCCACAUGAGGAGCGUGCACCAGCAGCAGCUGGGAGUGGGCGCGACAGGCACAGGAACUGGAACGGGCGCUGGAGGAUCAGCAGGAGGAGCCUCCUCCCUGGGCCUGGACUUCAGUGUGGCCCUCCAGCUGGCGGCGGCGGCCAAGCAGGUCCAACAGCUGCCCGCCUCCACGCCGCUGUCCAUCGAUUUGAGUCAGCUGCAGCUGGACGCGGCCUCCGAUGCGGAACUGAAUCCCCAACAGCUGCCGCCGGAGUACCAGUACAAGCUGAUCAGCUACUGUCCGCGCUGUCCCGCCCGCUUCGCCCAGAAGCACAACGAUGAGCGGAACGGCAAACAGGAGCUGGAGCAGCACCUGACCGCCCAUGCCACCGCCAGCGACUCGGAGACGGAGGAUCUCUACGUGUGCACCUACUGUGGAUACCGCACCGGAGAGGAGACCCUGCUGCAGCUGCACCGCGCGGUGCACAUGUCGCACUACCAGGAGAAGUGCCAGCAGCUGUACAAGAACUGCAAAGAGGAUGUCGAGUUUCCGGCCCCGAAGCUCAUGCAGCUCACGGGACCCGAGACCAUCUGGGUGGUGGACAAUGAGCUGAGCGUCCAGCUGCUGCAGCAGCAGGCAGCGGGUGGCGUUAGUUCUUCGACCAGCGCUGGCGGCAACUACAAUGGCCAGAACUCGCUGCUCAAGAAGCAGCUGGAGUCGGGCAGUGGCCUGGAGAGGCCCAACGAACGCGAGUCGACGCCUCAGCCCAAGCCACAAGAGGCGGAAGCCGAAGGCGAGGAGGAUGAAGAGCGUCGCAGCAGCUCCACGCCAUCGACGAGUGCCUCGGUGGCCACUAGUGACCUGGCUGCAGAUGGCAGCAGUGAUGCCGGCUCCAUGGACAUGCCCCAGUCAGCGUCGGCCCCCGAGCGCUGUCUCCACUGUCCGUUCGAGACGCAGAAGCACGAGGAACUGCAGCAGCACCUGCCGCAUCAUGCCAUCGUCCAGGCAGCCCCAGAAGGUGCACAUUUGUGUGCCCAUUGCGAUUACCAUACCGACACGGAGGCGGAGAUCGAGGAGCACACGGCGGUGCAUUUCAAUGCCAGCGAGAAGCUCAAGUCCGUGGAGUUCUACACGUGUUACGACAACCUCGAGAUCAGCAUGGAACAGGAGCCGGAGGCUGGCCAAGAGGAGUCCUCCACCAAGCAGCACACGGAGAACAAUAACAACCAGGACAAUGUGGUCAAUGCCAACAUGCAGCAGCAGCAGCAGGAACACAACGAUCCAGAGCAUCAGGAUGGGGAACUGGACGAGCCGCCGCCAGCCAAGAAACCCAGCACAAAGAUCAUUCUGUACAAGAGCGACGGAGCACUGAGUGUGAAACCAUCGCCGGAGGAGCCCGCACCAGAGUCGCAGCGUAGCGAGAGUAUCAGCGAUCGGCUGCGUCGGCGCAUUCUACGGGGCAGUGCCCCAGAGGAGUCCCAUCAGCAGCAGCAGGCGCAGCAGCGGCCAACGACUCCGGAUAAAAUGAUUCUGGUCAACCCGAAGACGGGCAAAGUCAUUUCCAGGAAGUAGGAAGGAAUCCACCAACCCCCCUUAGAUUACGUUUGAAACACUUUUGAUUAUGUUUAAAAUAUUAUUUCAUUUUGGUAUUGUUAAUGUUUUGUUGUUGCUUUUGUUUAGUUUAUUUUUUUUCGGGUUUCUGUUGAGGUUGGGAAUUGUUUUAGGCACACACCGAUUAAUGGUUAUAUUUUGUCACUAACACACACUCCUACACACACACACACACACACACACAGAUACAAAAGUUGGAACAUGUUCCUGCACUUAAAACUUGGUUUAGAUCAUAAGCUAUAAACCCCUAGUUAAUAGAACACGAGUAUACUAUAAGAACUUCUCCGUUUAUGAUUCGGGCAGACCAACAAAUUCAUAUUUAUCAACAGCAACAAUUUCGAAUACUUCUUUGGGGAUGAAUCUGCCUGGAAGAACUUCUGUCUUUCAUUAUUUCUAUGAUUAUGACUAUGAUUAUGAUUAUGUUCUAGAACGGUGCAAAAUGUGUAAUAUAACUUAAGAGUAAUAUAAAUUAUCAGAGGAACAGAGAGGGAGUCACCUAUAAACGUUUAUAAUCAAAUACGAUUAGAGAUAUAUUUAUAAGAUAUCUAACCCAACAAAGAGCAAGAUCCAAAAGCGUUUCAAAGAAAUCAAAAAAUCUGUAUAGAAUUACUGGAAAAGAAAUAUUCAAAAUUAAGUCUUGCUAAAACAUCAUUUGUUUAAUAUAAUUUUUUAUUGAAUGGGAACUGUGAUUAUUGAUAAUUGUAAAAAACAACAAAAACAAAAAGAGUAGUGCAGGAAUGCAGGAAGGCAGAGAGAGCGUAUAUCAUGCAAUGAAUAUGGUACUAUAUACAUACUAUAUAAUUCUAAAAACCUAUUUAUAUAUAUAUUCAUAUAUUUACACACUGCUGCUGCUACAAUACGAUGCAAAUGCAAAUGAAAACGCAAAUGUAAUUCAAAAAUCAAAUUGAAGAAAAUAGGAACAAUUGUUGCAAUAUUUGCAAUAUUAUUUUGUACAAGCAAGCAGCAAAAAAUGAUUACAUUUAGGAAUUUAGUUCGCUAGACUUUAAAAAUAGUUUUUUGUUUUUAGUAUCAUAAUAAUUUUGAAUUAGAACUCCUAUUAUUUGACCAGAAACAAUGUAAGAAACAAGCAAACAAAAAAAUGUUAUCAUAAACUUUAAGCAAACAAAAAGAACACUUGUGGAAUAGCGGGGCCAUAUUUAAAUAGUUUAACGAGAAACAACAUUUAAACAAAAGCAAAUCAAAAACAAACAGAAAAUAUAAACAGAAUAGAGAGUAUACAGAAGUAACUUACACUUGAAUAUAAAACUGCAACCGCCUUUGAUAUGCAUAUACAUAUGUAUACAUCUAUAUAUAGGGUAUAUCUAUAUCUAUACACAACAAUAUACAUAAAUAUUUGAUAAUAUGAUAAAAUAGUCCUUAACAUGAAAGUACACUUAAACAAAAGGUAGUUUAAUUAAAUUAGUUUUGUUUACUACGCACACACACACACACACACACAUACACGUACACCUACACCUACACAGAUUUAUGGCAUCAACUUCAAAAAGAGAAAAAAUGUACAAAAAACAACAAUUUGUUAAUAAAGAAAUCAAAUUAAAAAA